UCAGCCAGGCGCUGCGAAGGAGCUGCAAGCACUUGCAGGAGACGUCUGGACUCUUCAGAAAGCUCCGCCUGACUUGCUCGCUUGUUCUUACCUGCCUGCCUGCUGGUGCCAGACAGGGAGGAGACUGAGGACUCUCGAGCCGCAGCCGGGCUUGCGUUCCGCACGAUGCCCGCCUGCGGGGCCCUCUAGGGCAGCAAGAGGAGAACGCAGAUAAGCGAGGCAUCUGCGCCGGCUCCAGUAGCUCCUAGGGCCCCGCCACCCUGAGGGUGGGGCCGGCUGGGAAAAGGCACCUCCUCCCCUGGUGCUGUUGGGACCUGCAGGAAGCAGCUACUCUUGGACGGGAGAGGCGGCAGCGGCGGCGCCCAGCUCAGGAGGAGUAAGUGAGUGGUGGGUGGUGGAUCUGAGCACGAUCAAAGACUUAUCAGAUGUUGACUUGUCUUCCAUUCUUGAGUCUCUGGAAUUUUCACUAGCAAUAUGACUUCUUCAAAUGUGUAUGGCUCCAGUUCCUGGGAGCUCAUUGUUGCUAUUGAUCACCAAUAUGGAGGAGAACAAAAAGAAAUCAUCCUUCAAGUAUCAGGAGAUCUUCACAUUGGAGGAGUGAUGCUCAGGCUUGUAGAACAAAUUAGCAUAUCACAGGACUGGUCAGACUAUGCCCUUUGGUGGGAGCAAAAGCAGUGCUGGCUUCUAAAAACUCACUGGACACUGGAUAAAUAUGGGGUGCAGGCAGAUGCCAAGCUGCUGUUCACUAUUCAGCACAAAAUGCUGCGGCUUCGCCUGCCGAGCAUGAAAACUGUGAGACUGAAUGUUAGCUUUUCAUCGGUGGUGUUCAAAGUAGUUGGAGACAUCUGCAAGACCCUUGGUAUUAGACAGCCGGAAGAACUUUCUCUGCUGAAACCACCAGAAGACGCAAAAAAGAAAAAGAGAAAAGAAAAAGAAAAGGAACCAGUCAUAGAAGAUAUUUUAAAUCUGCACAGCUCUCCAGUGAGUUUGGGAUUGCCAGCAAGUCCCGGCUUCUAUAGUAAGACCAUGACUCCCAUUUAUGAUCCCGUCAGUGGUACACCUAUCUCUUCUACAAUCGCAUGGUUUGGUGAAAGCCCUCUGGCCAAACAGAACUGGAGCAACCUUGCUUUUAGCCACUCCAACUGUACGCCAGAAUCGCUUGCCAAAAUGUACCAGUCUCGAACUUUGGUUGACAAAGCAAAACUGAACGCAGGGUGGUUAGAUUCCUCUCGGUCUCUUAUGGAACAAGGUGUCCAGGAGGAUGAUCAGCUUUUGUUACGCUUCAAAUACUAUGCCUUCUUCGAUUUGAAUGCAAAAUAUGAUGCGGUGAGAAUCAAUCAGCUCUACGAACAAGCCCGAUGGGCUAUUCUGCUGGAAGAAAUAGACUGCACAGAGGAAGAAACCUUCAUCUUUGCUGCACUGCAAUAUCACAUCAGCAAGUUGACAUUGUCAUCAGGUUCACAGAUUUUCACAACUGAAGCUGAAACAGAUGAAGUGGAGGCAGCUCUUUCAAACCUUGAAGUCACUCUGGAAGGUGGAAAAACAGAUAAUAUUUUGGAAGAUAUCACGGACAUACCAAAGCUUGCAGAUAACCUCAAGUUAUUUCGAUCCAAAAAGCUGGCACUGAAAACCUUCAAGCAAUAUUGGUUUGUCUUCAAAGAUACAUCAGUGUCUUACUUUAAAAACAAGGAAGCUGAACAUGGAGAACCCAUUGAGAAGCUCAACCUAAGAGGAUGUGAAAUUGUUCCAGAUGUAAGUGUGUCGGGGAAAAAAUAUGGAAUUAAGUUACUCAUCCCUGUCGCUGAUGGAAUGAACGAAGUGCACUUGAGAUGCGAUAAUGAAAAUCAGUAUGCCAGGUGGAUGGCUGCUUGCGUUUUGGCUUCUAAAGGAAAAACAAUGGCUGACAGCUCUUACCAUGCGGAGGUCCAUAACAUCCUGUCAUUCUUAAAAAUGAAAAGCAGAACUGCUGCUCCCCAGGAAGUUUCUGAUGUGGAAAGCAUGGAUAUUAAACCAGAGUGUUUUAUCUCGCCACGAUAUGCAAAGAAAUACAAGUCUAAGCAGCUGGCUACUCGCAUCCUGGAGGCCCACCAAAACAUCGCCCACAUGUCUCUUAUGGAAGCCAAACUGAGGUUUAUCCAGGCGUGGCAGUCGCUUCCUGAGUUUGGCUUAUCGUAUUACAUCGUAAGAUUUAAAGGAAGCAAGAAAGAUGAUCUCCUGGGGAUUUCUUAUAACAGACUGAUAAGGAUAGACACAGCCACUGGGGACCCAAUUACAACAUGGAGAUUCUCAAAUAUGAAACAGUGGAAUGUGAACUGGGAGAUACGACAGGUUGCAAUUGAGUUUGAUCAGAAUGUGUCUAUUGCUUUUGCUUGCCUGAGCGCAGACUGCAAAGUAGUCCAUGAAUAUAUUGGAGGCUAUAUCUUCCUCUCAACCCGUUCCAAAGACCAGAAUGAAACACUGGAUGAAGACCUGUUCCAUAAAUUAACUGGAGGAUGGGAGUGAGGAGGAGCGAGGAGCUGCCUCUGGAUUGCAUAUCGGUGAUGCAGCACUACAAAACAUAAAUGUAGAUGCAUCUUAUUUUGAAGCAAGGAAUUUUAAGCUGGUGCAACUCACUGACUCUUUUUUAAUAGCUUACCUCAGGGGUUAUCCAGGUUAAAUGUAAACACUUAGAGCAGGGGUGACUAACCUGUGGCCCACCAGAUGCGGUUGCACUCCAACUCCCAUCAUCCCUGGGCAUGCUGGUUGGGGCUGAUGGGAGUUGGAGUCCAUCAACAUCUGGAGGCCACAGGUCCCCUAUCCCUGACCUAGAGCCUGCUUUAUUUAUUACAACAAGUUAGAGCCUACUUUAUUGGAACAAACUAUUUAUGGUAGAGUUAGGCAGCCCCCUCCAGCAUGGCCAGGGAUGAUGUGAGUUCUAGUCCAAGAACAUCUGGAGGGCCAAGAGUUCAUUAUCCCUGAUCUACGGUAUAUAUGGAGCACAGUUUUUCUUUCUCUGUGAUCUUUGUUAACAUAUGACACACAUUAGUCUCUGAAAUGUAGUUAAAGCUCUAAUCCAGCAAAUGCUUAAAAUAUCCCAUCAGCACAAGGAUUACCACUAGCACAACAGGACAUCUCCCCCGCAUACCCCACAUCCUCCCCAAUGCUCUGAGCACACUAGUCACCUACAGCUUUUCCAUUGGCCACAUCUGGAGGGGCAAUGGGUUGAUCUGCGAAUCAGUUGCAAAAUCUGUCUGAAGCUAAUUAAAAAAAUGCACUUGAGCUGAUCCCACCAGGUUUUAUAGUAGAAAGUAGUGUCAUGUGCCCCCAUUUUCAGAAGAGAGAGGUGGAGACGCAUUGAAACCUGCAGAACAGUAAGUGUGUCUCUUCCCCACAUCUGCUGUGGAGGACUAGGGUUACCCAUAGAACAGAUUUGGGGGGAGGGGGGAAAGUCCCAUUGCCCUAAUGGUAAUCCUUGAACAGGUGGGAUUCUGACUUAGCACUAUGUUGGGUACAACCCUUAGAGCACAAGUCAGUUGCCCUUUGGAUCCUCCAUUCCCCCUCCUCACCCUUGGGUGCUGUUGACCCCCUUUGCCCUGGACUCCUCUGGUAAGUAGAGAGCAAUGUUCUCAGGACAGCAGUGUGCUGCAUCUAAUGGCGUGCCCAGGAGGCACGUGUUUUUAACAUUAAUGUAAUGUAAAUACGUACUCUUGUUAAUAUAGACCUUUUCAUUAUGCCUGAGAAUUCAUUUUAAAUUCUUCCUUGGUAAAUUCCACAGAAAUCAAGCGGUGAUGGGGGAAGAGAGCAUUUCCAAAUUACUGAUAUAUAGGAAUGAUAAAUGUGGAGCUGGGUGUGGACAUGGUGGCAGAUUACACUGUUCGUUCAGCAGCAAGCCUAAACCUGCUACUUUCCAUUCUAUGGGGAAAAGGUGUAGCACCAGUGGGGCCAUGUCAAGGCUAGCACUAUAGGCUGGAUCCAAUUGUGCACUUCUACUUACAGAAGGGUGACCUUACAGAAAGAGUGCUUUACACCUUGCACUCGAGCACUGCACAAGAAAAGU